AUAGACUCUGCGCUACCAAAGAAGUGCUUUGUUAUGCUGUCACUUCAGUUGUACUGCUUUCAGCUGGACUCCUCAACCAGAGGGAAAUAGACCAGUAACAACAGUGGGAAAGUUUCUCUCUCAUAUUUGAAUGGAAAUAUGGAAGACACCUUUCCAGCACUUCCUGCAGACUAUUUUUUCAUUACAAACAGAUCAAGAAUUCUUAGUAUAAGCAACUGAGGACACUUCUUGCUAUCCAAAGAUGGAAAACAACAUAACUACUAUAUCUCGUGAAGAGCUUGAAGAACUAAGAGAAGCAUUCAGUAAAAUAGAUAUCGACAACAGUGGGUAUGUCAGUGACUAUGAGCUUCAAGACCUGUUUAAAGAAGCAAGUCUACCCUUGCCUGGUUACAAAGUCCGGGAGAUAGUAGAAAAAAUCAUUGCAGUGACAGAUAGCAACAAGGACGGGAGAAUCAACUUUGAAGAAUUUGUCUCUAUAAUUCAGGAAUUGAAAAGCAAAGAUGUGAGCAAAUCUUUCCGAAAAUCAAUAAACAAAAAGCAGGGUAUUACAGCAAUUGGAGGAACAUCGGCAAUAUCUAGUGAGGGGACACAGCACUCUUAUUCAGAGGAAGAAAAAGUUGCUUUUGUUAAUUGGAUAAAUAAAGCUCUACAAGAAGACCCAGACUGUAAGCACCUCCUACCUAUGAACCCAUCAGAUGCCAGUCUUUUUAAAUCCCUUGCAGAUGGCAUCCUUCUUUGCAAAAUGAUCAACUUCUCACAACCAGAUACAAUUGAUGAAAGGGCUAUUAAUAAGAAGAAACUCACUCCUUUCACUAUUUCUGAAAACCUAAACCUGGCUCUGAACUCCGCAUCUGCCAUUGGCUGUACGGUUGUCAAUAUUGGAUCACAAGAUUUGCAAGAAGGAAGACCACACUUGGUGUUAGGACUCUUGUGGCAGAUCAUUAAAGUUGGUCUUUUUGCUGAUAUUGAAAUCUCCAGAAAUGAAGCUCUUAUCACCUUGCUAAAUGAAGGGGAAGAACUAGAUCAGUUAAUGAAGCUUUCCCCAGAAGAGCUUUUGCUACGCUGGGUGAACUACCAUCUGGCCAAUGCACGGUGGCAGAAAAUCAGUAACUUCAGCCAAGACAUUAAGGAUUCAAGAGCAUACUACCAUCUGUUAAAUCAGAUUGCACCCAAAGGAGAUGGCCUUGAUGAAUCGCCCAUUAAAGUUGACUUUUCAGGAUUUCAUGAUAAAAAUGACUUGAGGAGAGCUGAAUACAUGCUCCAACAGGCAGAUAAAUUGGGCUGCAGAGAGUUCGUAACUCCAGCUGAUGUGGUUGCAGGCAACCCUAAACUCAAUUUGGCUUUUGUUGCAAAUCUCUUUAACACAUAUCCAGCCCUACACAAGCCUGACAAUUCAUCUUACGAUCUCAAUUUAUUAGAAGAUUUGACCCCUCCUAAUGUAGGAGAAACUAAGGAAGAAAGAACUUUCAGAAACUGGAUGAAUUCACUGGGGGUGAGCCCAUACGUUAAUCAUUUAUACAGUGACCUCUCUGAUGCUUUAAUAAUUUUCCAAUUGUAUGAUAUGACUCGUGUACCGGUUGAGUGGAACCAUGUGAACAAACCUCCUUAUCCAUUACUUGGUAGUAAUAUGAAAAAGAUUGAGAAUUGCAAUUAUGCGGUAGAACUUGGGAAGGCAAAAGCCAAAUUCUCACUGGUUGGUAUUGCUGGACACGAUCUAAACGAGGGUAAUCCAACUCUGACUUUGGCUUUGGUAUGGCAGCUGAUGAGAAGGUAUACUUUGAAUGUACUGUCAGACCUUGGAGAAGGGGAAAAAGUAAAUGAUGAAAUUAUUAUUAAGUGGGUAAAUCAGACACUUACAAAAGCAAAUAAGAAAACUUCAAUUACAAGUUUCAAGGACAGAUCGAUUAGCACUAGUUUACCUGUCCUAGAUUUAAUAGAUGCUAUUGCGCCAAAAGCAGUUCGUCCAGAAAUGGUCAAGAGAGAAGAUCUUUCUUAUGAAGACAAAUUGAAUAAUGCUAAGUAUGCCAUUUCAGUUGCUCGAAAAAUCGGUGCUCGUAUAUACGCUCUCCCAGAUGAUCUGGUUGAAGUGAAGCCAAAAAUGGUGAUGACAGUGUUUGCAUGUCUGAUGGGAAGAGGACUGAACAAAAUAAAAUAAUGACAUACAUCGUAACUCUCUGCCAUGUUAAGCACGAUGAAUGCCUCGCAGUUUACAGAGUUCUGAAGCUUAGUGUAAAAUGAGAAUUUGUUUGCACAAAUAUACUUACUAAGUUUUAAUAAUGUGUUUAGUUAAAAUUUUAUUCAAUUUCAUAAUACAUCAAUUAUUUACGGGUAAUAUUGUUUUCAGAACAUGCUUGUUACCUAAUUAACAUCACAGAUUUGUAUUGCUUUAAAAAAACCACACUCCCUAUUAAUCAAGCCUCACAUGUAUUAAGUUUCCAUAGCAUUGUAAGUAUCUGCAUCAUUAUUUCAGGACCUCUUGUGAAACAUUGCUUGAUUUAGUGGAUGUUACUUUUGUGUAGUCAUAAAAGUCUCAAGGUGCAUUCCAGUCCUAUUACGUUACUCCUGACUGCUCAGAAGUUCUCAUCCUUGCCUUAUUCUUUGAGCGUUUAACUCCUGUUGAAGCCAAUGAGUCUUGUCAUUGAUUUUAAUCACAGCAAAUGAAGGCCUAUGAUAACACCAGGAAACUAAUGGAUAGAUAAAGCUGAUGAAACUUUUUUGUGAGAAUAAUCUUUAAAUAUAUGCAGUAGUACUGUUCUGUUACCAAGCAGGAACUUUUUAUGGUCUAUGUAUUAAGAAAAAAUAGGAAAUAGUAAGCUGAAACAUAAUUGUGUCACUGUAGCUCUGCUUAUGUGUUAGCUUUUGCAGUUGGACUAAGCAUCUGAUUAUUUUUUUAAUUUUUCAUAAAAUACUGUAUAAGAAGCCAAUAAAGAGCUGGCUAGCCCAGUUUGAUGUUUCACAUUA